AUCUAUCCAUACUGUAUCAAUAAACUUUUUCCAAGUUUACGGGACAAUUUUCGGACCGUGGCACGUCUUUCGGAAGUGAUAACCUUCGGUACCCUCCUCUGCACACUUGGUACCCUCGAUCUGGUCACCCAGGCACCCAACCCCGCUCGUAGUAUACCAUUGCCUCUCAUCAUUUCAUCAACCACCGUCCACCACAACGACUUAACAUCAAAGAGCCAUCAUUUUUAAAAUGUCUCCAUCCAAUAUGAGCACUUCAUCCAGCUCACAGUCGUCCAAGACGGCCGUCGGCACCCCCAGAGCCCACCACCGCUCCUCACCCUCGCUUACGCCAGAGCUGGCCUACAAGGUCGCCGGCUGGCUCGAGACACAACCACCCGUGUCUACCUACCAGCCCAUUGGCGUCGACAGACGCGGUGAGAAAGCAUACUCCUCCACCUCGUCGUCGUCGGGCAAGAAAAGUGUCCACUGGACACCCGACGUCAUUGACAACGAGAAAAAGCCUCGUCGUCGCCGCAGCAGCAAGCGCUCGGGUGAGAAAUCUUCCUCGUCCAAGUCUCGCGUGCGGCAGUCAAUGCCAAUGGCGCCUGAGCCACCGAGGGCCCAUGCGCCGCCGCCGACCCCGCGGUUCCAUCGUCUGCCGACGCCGGACUCUUCGGAUGUUGAGUGCGAGGAGUUCUGCUACUGCUGCAGAGAGAUUGUGGGGAGUAAGAUGGAAGUCCAAAUGGCUGCUGCCAAGUCUCAUAUUGUGUCUGUCAAGCAGAAGACGCAUAGCAGACAUUGAGAGAGUGGAUUUUUGUAAUGAUUAUGAUGUGACGAAAUGCAGUAAUGGUUCUUAAGGCGUUUCUUGGAGGUUGCGCAGGUCAAUUUUGCACACUUGUGGUUUUUCUUGUUUGCUGCACUUGCACUGAUCACGGGAUUGGGCGAUUCCGACGACGAGCUGGACUUCUCGCGGG